GGCAGCAGGCUGCAAUAAUAAAAAUCCCAUUUUUGUGUGAUAGAAAGGAAAAGAAUCCAAAAGAGGAGAAGGAGAAGAGAAGAGAAGAGAAGAGAGGGGGAAAUGCCGUGCCUAAAUCUCUCCACCAACGUCGACCUCGAGAAAAUCGACACCUCAGCCAUCCUCUCUGAGGCGUCGAAGACUGUCGCCACUGUCAUCGGCAAGCCUGAGAGCUAUGUGAUGGUGGUGCUCAAAGGAUCUGUGCCCAUGGCAUUUGGGGGAUCUCAGGAGCCUGCUGCAUUUGGUGAACUGGUUUCCAUUGGAGGCCUUAACUCUGACGUCAACAAGAAGCUGAGUGCUGCCAUUGCUUCAAUCUUGGAGACCAAGUUAUCGAUUCCCAAGUCACGAUUCUAUCUCCAAUUUGUUGAUACAAAGGGUUCAUUCUUUGGGUGGAAUGGAUCAACUUUCUAGAUUAUGUAUUUCUCUUGGCAUGUAAGCCUUAAUGUUUUCAAAUGCAGAUGCAGUGCGUAAAAGACUUAUAGGUAAUUUGACUAUUUCAGCAUUUAGCUGCUGUAAGGAUAACUAAACUUUUGUGUUAAAUCUGUGAUGCUACUCUCGUGCGCUUCUCUCA